AUGGCCACUCGUCCCCAGAACAUUGGUAUCAAGGCCAUUGAGGUCUACUUCCCCUCUCAGUGCGUCGACCAGGUUGAUCUGGAGAAGCAUGACGGUGUUAGCGAGGGAAAGUACACCAUUGGUCUUGGCCAGAAGAAGAUGAGCUUCUGUGAUGACCGUGAGGACAUCUACUCCAUGUCCCUGACCACCCUCUCCUCCCUCAUGAACAAGUACAACAUCGACCCUAUGUCCAUUGGUCGUCUCGAGGUCGGCACUGAGACCCUCCUGGACAAGUCCAAGUCCGUCAAGUCCGUGUUGAUGCAGCUCUUUGCUCCUCACGGUAACACCAACAUUGAGGGUAUCGAUACUGUCAACGCCUGCUACGGUGGUACCAACGCCGUCUUCAACAGCAUCAACUGGCUCGAGUCCUCCGCCUGGGAUGGCCGUGACGCCAUUGUUGUCUGUGGUGAUAUUGCUCUGUACGCUGCUGGUGCUGCCCGCCCCACCGGUGGUGCUGGUUGUGUUGCCAUGCUCAUUGGUCCCGAUGCUCCUAUUGUCUUCGAGCCCGGUCUCCGUGCUUCUUACCUCACCCACGCCUACGACUUCUACAAGCCUGACCUCACCAGCGAGUACCCCGUUGUUGACGGUCACUUCUCCCUGAAGUGCUACACUGAGGCCGUUGAUGCCUGCUACAAGGCCUUCGAUGCCCGCGAGAAAGUUCUCAAGUCCAACCAGAAUGGCACCAACGGUGCCAUUGACGAGGCCCAGACUCCUCUGGACCGUUUCGACUACAUCCUCUUCCACGCUCCUACCUGCAAGCUGGUCCAGAAGUCUUUCGCCCGUAUGCUCUACAACGACUACCUUGUCAACCCCACCCACCCCGCUUUCGCUGAGGUCGCCCCUGAGCUCCGCGAUCUCGACUACGCCGCUUCUCUCUCCGACAAGGCCGUCGAGAAGACCUUCAUGGCUCUCACCAAGAAGCGUUUCGCUGAGCGUGUUCAGCCUGGUCUCAACGUUGCCGGUCUGUGCGGUAACAUGUACACUGCCACCGUCUACGCCGGUCUUGCCAGCUUGCUCAGCUAUGUUCCCUUCUCCCCCAGCGAGCCCAAGCGCAUUGGUCUCUUCAGCUACGGCAGUGGUCUCGCCUCUUCCCUGUUCAGCGCUAAGAUCGUCGGUGACGUCUCCAACAUCGUUGAGAAGCUGGAUCUCAAGAACCGUCUUGACUCCCGUAACGUCCUGGCUCCUGCUGCCUACGAUGAGAUGUGCAAGCUCCGUGAGCACGCUCACCUGAAGAAGAACUUCAAGCCUACUGGUAGCACCGAGACUCUUCAGUCCGGUACCUACUACCUUACUGAGGUGGAUGACAUGUUCCGCCGCAAGUACGAGAUCAAGGCUUAA